AUGAUCGGUGCUACGAGGCGCUGGUUCCGGCGCAAUCGCAGGGGCCUUGCGAUUGGGGCUGGCGUGAUCGGAGCUGGUUACUUAGCCGGUCAGUAUGUGCUUUCCAAAAUUUCGGAGGCUCGCGAGCGUAUGAGCAGCGACCGAAUUGCUCGGGAGAAUCUACGGCGGCGUUUUGAACAGAAUCAGACCGAUUGUACCUAUACCAUCCUGGCUCUCUUGCCGACCGCGGCCGAGGAUAUCCUGGAAGCCCUUCCCGUCGAGGACUUGACCAAGGAGCUACAGAAGAAAAGGGCAGAGAGGUUGGCUCGCCUCAACGGUGGUGAAGGGACGGGAUCGGAUUUAAGCUCGGUGGCUCCCAGUUUGCCCGAGGAGGAUGGACGGAGUCUAUCCAGUUUCCAGAGUGAUGGGUUUGUCCGCACGAGUCAACUAGGGGAGUCAUUAGUCGAAGGGGAUGGUCAGCCGCGGCCGAAGCGCAAUAAGACCCAGCUGUGGAGCGAGGUGAAGAUAACCUCCAUUACUAGGACCUUUACUCUCAUCUACACCCUCUCUCUAUUAACCAUCUUCACCCGAAUCCAGCUCAAUCUUCUCGGCCGCCGGAACUACCUCUCCAGCGUAAUAUCGCUGGCCACACCCCCCGCAAAUGCAUCGACGAUCAGACUAGAGGAUCAUGACGACGACGAUCUGACCCAAACCUUGGGAAAUGACUUCGAGACGAACCGGAGAUAUCUGGCCUUCAGUUGGUGGCUCCUCCACCGGGGCUGGAAGGCCUUGAUGCAGGAGGUCCAAGAGGCUGUCACGGAGGUUUUCGGUCCACUUAACCCCCGAGAAGAUAUUUCGCUAGCCAGGUUGUCCGAGUUGGCUUUGCAAGUCCGGAAGAAGGUGGAGGGCCACACAGAAGAGGAUAGAAAGCACCGGAAAUGGCUAUCUUACCUGCUCCCCCACGUCGAAGAGGAGAAUCAAUUGUUAGAGGAAUCCGGUGUGCUGGGGGUAACGGAGCCUUCAAGCCCCCAAACAAUAGCAGCGCUACGCCAUCUCCUAAACGAGACGGCUGAUCUGAUCGAAUCCCCUACCUUCGCUCGUGUGUUGAUGCUUCUGAAUAAUGAGUGUUUCGAGACGCUCAUCCAGCAGUGCUCGGCUGAUGCGUUCAAAUCGACGCCGCACGCGCCCGAGACGGCACCUCAGUCAUUCACCUCGGUUGCCACGGUUGUUCCCGUGUCUGGGGGGUCCGAAACCACGACGAAGCUGGCGAACGUGCUGGCAGUGAUGGCCCGACAGGCGCAUGUGAUCGGCAACGGCACAAAUCCUCCCAAUUUGUAUCUGGCCGCGAUGGACCAAGGGGUACGUGAGCUCGAAGCGUUUGCGGCUGUGGUGUACAGCUCCAACUUUGAUGUGGAAUUAUUGGGGACCAAGCCCGGGUAUAUGGAAGCGGAUGUAGGAGGGUCAGAGACAGUAAUCAUCGGGACGAGUGAUGUUGAUCCCGGUCAUGAGGAGGGAGAGUUGCCAGUCGGACAAGCUGGAGACGAUUCUGCGUUCGAGACGGCGUGGGGGAAAGCAGUCGAGGAACAACCUGCGAACGAUGAGCCUGCUGAGAAAGUUACCUAG